GACUUGCCAAUUGGGCAACAGAUAGUCGUGACAAAUAUGAUGGCAAUCAAACAGAUAAGACGCCGGGAGAUCCCUCCAAGCUUAACCGGAAGGAGUCCUAUAAGGCGCAACGCAAGAAUUAUCGUCGGGAAAAGAAACGUGUUGCGUCCGAAUUGCUGAAUUCGCUGCAGGAUCCCACUGUGGUGGUGCUAGCUGAUUGGCUUAAGGUACGUGGCACACUGAAGUCAUGGACGAAGCUGUGGUGUGUUUUAAAGCCCGGCAUGAUGCUGCUCUACAAGAGUCCCAAGCUGAAGAGCAGCCAUUGGGUGGGCACAAUUAUGCUGACCUCAUGCCAGGUCAUCGAGCGGCCRAGCAAGAAAGACGGCUUUUGCUUUAAGCUUUUCCACCCGCUGGAGCAGUCGAUAUGGGCGCCGCGUGGACCAGACAAGGAGACAAUAGGCGCAGUCGUUCAACCCUUACCAACCGCUUACCUGAUAUUCCGCGCACCCAGUCAGGCGGCUGGUAAAUGUUGGAUGGAUGCACUGGAGCUCUCCUUGCGCUGCUCGGCAUUGCUUYUGCGUUCCAAYAGCAGUUUGGGCGCCGUGCAGGGCACCAGUGCCAGCGAYAAUGCGCAGAUAUCRCAUGAAACCCAGUGGUCGGAGGCGGAUUACGAAAAGCAUUUCAACGAACAUGACCCACAUCCCGAACRCUUCUCACCGAGCGGUAGCAUGCAGAAACAAUAUUCGCAGUAUCUUAUGGUGCCCGAAUUGAGCAAAUCGCACGCCAGUUCGGACACAAGUUUGACAUCUCGUGCACAGACACCAAUUUUGCAGCAACUGUACAUGACAAUGACCCAUUGGGAGCGUGUUGUUGCCAAUUCGGCGGAGAAAAACUUACGCAAACUACGCAAAGCCAAACAUUUAGGCAAACGCGAUUCAUUCGAGGGCAUGAGUUCAAUGGGUGAUCUCAGUGAUGUUUCGAGUAUUGACUUUCCAUCCAUGCUGGAAACACACCAAUCGUUAAAAUUGAAGGCACGUCGCCAAAAUCAAUUUAUGAAAUCGGCUUCGUUAGGCCCGAUGGCACAUGAGACAUCGUCAUCGAUUGAUUCGGUUGACGAAAAUGCAGAGCUGCAGGCCAGAUCAGGCGCAUCCAGAGCCUUGAGCGCACCACCUUUUGUGCUCAACGUUAAGGAUCUUGAUGGCGAUAGCCAAAACGAAGGUGGGCCCGCAGCUAUGUCAGGGGUCGAUACUGAAUCAGAAUCAGAWCAAGAGGCUGUGGUCGAAGACGAAGAGCCGGAAACACCAUAUGUGCCACUCACCGAAGAGGAGUUCGGCUCUGUGGGUGAGCAGGUGGAGGAGCUCGCAGACGAGAACAAAAGCUUGAUUUGGAUUCUCGUUAAGCAAGUGCGGCCAGGCAUGGAUUUGAGUAAGGUYGUUUUGCCGACAUUCAUACUCGAGCCACGUUCAUUUUUGGAUAAGCUGUCCGAUUCAUAUUAUCAUGCAGACAUCUUGUCGAGGGCUGUCACCGAAGACGAUCCUUUUACGCGCAUGAAGACCGUUGUACAAUGGUAUCUAUCAGGUUUCUACAAAAAACCAAAAGGCUUAAAGAAGCCCUACAAUCCCAUAUUGGGUGAAACGUUCCGUUGCUWUUGGGAGCACCCGAACGGUAGCCGUACAUUCUACAUUGCCGAACAAGUGUCACAUCAUCCACCAGUGUCGGCGUUUUAUGUGACCAAUCGCCAGGAUGGUUUCUGCAUCAGUUGCUCCAUCUUGGCUAAAUCGAAGUUCUAUGGYAACAGCACAUCAGCUGUACUGGAAGGCGUUGCCACACUCACKUUGCUACCWCGUGGUGAAACGUAUACAUUKAAUACACCAUAUGCCCAUUGUAAGGGCAUACUUGUUGGUACACUGUCUAUGGAGUUGGGCGGCAAAGUUAACAUUGAGUGCGAGAACACCGGUUACAAGACGGAACUGGAAUUCAAGCUGAAACCAUUCCUGGGUGGUUCGGACUAUACCAAUUUAAUUUCGGGUAAAAUUAAGUUGGGCAAAGAGACCAUGGCCACUAUAAGUGGCCAUUGGGAUACCGAAAUGACAAUCAAAGAAGCUAAAACUGGCGAAGAAACCGUACUUUUUAAAGCGGAUGCGGACACGAAACACAAGCGUCUGGUGCGCUAUGUGGUACCGUUGGAUGCUCAGCUACCAAACGAAUCUGAGCGUUUAUGGGAGAAAGUAUCGCUAGCGAUACGCAGCGACGAUCAGGUUGGCGCCACCGAGGAGAAGACCGUGCUGGAGGAAGCGCAGCGCAACUCGGCAAAGGAGCGAAAAGCAUUAUCAAUUGAAUGGAUGCCAGUACAUUUCAACUUCGAUCCCAUAAUUACACAGUGGGUGUAUAAUUACGCUGACUUGCGUCCGUGGGAUCAACGCAACGAUUUGAAGCAGUACGAAGCGAAUUACAAAGUGCUCACGAAGACACGCCAUCGGGCGCCAAUGGUAAAACAUAAAAGCGUUUCGAUUUUGGGUCUGCAACAUGACGAUGAAAAAACCGAUUCGACUGGAUCAAAUCCGGAUGUGAACAAGGAGCCACACCAGAAAUCGAACAAAUCAAUACGAAAAUUGGUAUCAGCCAUUGAAAAGAUGAAUCACACACUGGAGGAGCAAACGAAACAAUUGCGUGUGAUACAAACAAAUUUGGAGCGAAUCCACUAUAAUCCCAGACUAAUGGCGCCGUCUACAUCUACCGGCCGUUACGCCGACAUUGUGCCGCGCACCGUGCCACAAACGGUGGUCAUAAAAUCAAUGGUUUAUGCAUUCGUUGGCUUAGCAGCCUGCUUUGUAAUGAAAUGGAUGUUUAAGUAAAUCCAGCAUCAACUCAGUUGAAGCGGUUAACGAAUCAAUAAGUUGAAUUAGUUAGGUAAAACGCUUAUUGUUCAAAUAUUCAUUGAUUUUGUUGUUGUUAUCAGCGCAACAAGAUCGUGUGCAAUAUGUUUCACACAAGUAAAUAUACAAACUACGUACUUACAUCAAGCGAUGUAACCGUAAAUAAUGCUUAAGUUACGGUUUUACAGUACACAUUUGUACGCUAACUUUAAAAUCGUCUUUAAAAAAAACAUGUUACUAUAGUAUUACCUCAAUUUGAAUUAUGUUAAGCUAUUUUAAAAAACUUCCUUUGUAAUUUUCGCGUUUAGGUCGUAAACUUCUCGAGACACACUUCACUGUAUGCAUAUUGUUUUGUGUGCAGGCGAUUUGAAAUUAUGUAACUACAUAUAAUAUAACUCCAUUUUGUAUUUGYAUGAAAAGUGUAAAGAGCUGUGUAUGUUGAUAAGUGAGAUAAUAGUUUUAUUUGAGCUUUAGUGUGAAUAAUUCGUUGAAUUUUAAGCCAUGUGUUACCUAGGCACCACUGAACAGUGGUUUAUGCGGCACUGGUACCAGGUUGCGCAUGAGAUUAAGGGACACACUUAUGAGUGUCGAAAAAAAUAGCAAUUACAAAAAAAAAAAAUCCUAAAAUCUUUUAUACAAAAUAUUUAUUUGAGGUUACGUUUGAAGAAUACGAGUAUACAACAAAGUUUUUGAAGAGAAAAUUAAAUAUUUUUCGAGCUACACGUGUUAUUCGACGGCGCUAGAAAAACUGCUGCAGCCUUCGUUCGUAAAUGAAACAAAAAAAUUAUUCUGUACUUGAAGGUAUUGUAUGUACAAUGAUCUGCGGUCGAAAAAAAAACAAAUUUCCACAAAAUGUUUCGUUUUUAAAGUACAAUUUUACCAAAAUGUUUGGUAUUUUUGSCCUGACAGAAUAUWAUUUUUGAUAAAAAAAAAAUUUAURGGCCAUUGUAUGGAGAGCAGAAUAUGCCAAAAAUUUGAUUGAAAUCAUAUUUAAAUUUUUUUCUUCUUUACUAACAUAGACAUYGCUUACGCGGUUAUAUAGUAUAAUAUUAUUUCACACGAAAGGUGUCCCUUAAAAAAUUCAUUAAGRACUUGAACCUUGACAGUUUUCACUUCUUUACUACAUAGUAGAGAAAUUUAAUUAGGCUACUGUGGAGGAAUCUGCCGUAGAAAUCUCUAGAAUUUUUAGUGUCAAAAUCUAACCUAGCUUUGACUUUGACACUAAAAAUCCUGGAGAUUUUUACGUGACUCCAAAAUCGAACUGCUUGUGGUUCACCCAACUAUUCACAYGUAAUCGUUUCCUAUUUUUUUUUGAUAAGUUUUUAAAAGUUGUUUUGAGGUUAGUUGCUUUUAAAGCAGAAAUCGGUAGGAUUUUUAACUAUAAUUUAAUUGUGUAUUACAACCAUUAAUUGUAAACUCACUGUAAACAUACCUAAGAAAUUGUAUUUCUUUAUACACGAAGGCUUUUCAAAAGUUGUUUACAUAUAAAUUCCUAAAUUCCUUUAUAAAUACUACAAGUAUAUAUGUAUUUUUUAUUUCAAUUAUUAUUAAUCAUAUAUUAAGUUUAAAAGAAGAAGAAGCAGAUGUUAUUAGCUGUGUGUUGGAUUUGKGGAAAAGCUGUUGUUCGUGUUAGCGAGAUAUUAUGUAAUUUAACUCGUAUGUAUUUUUAUUAUUACAUGUAUCGUGGUCGUGAUCGUGAUUGUGUCGUGAUUUGUAUCAACGAAGUAAGACAUUUAAAAUUUAAACAAUUAAUACAUAUUUAUAACAUAUUGUUCUGAUUAUCGCACCAAGCAUYGAUGGUUACAUUUAGAAAAUAAUAAUAUGUUUCUCUCUCUAUAACUCUUUCGGUCACACAACACGCACUUGAAAUUUUCCAAACAAAUAAAAGCACCAUGACAGGAAUCACAACACAAAUUCGCUUAUUAGCCACGAUUAGACUAUAGAAAUGAUUGCAAUUUACGCUAAAUAAAAUGUCUUCUGUUAAGAACAUAACAAAGGGAGUAAGAUGAAGAUGAUUAUCUACAUAAGUACACAAAUGCUGUUAACAUUUCAAGUCCAAUAAACGAAACUCUAUACUUUA